UUGUUUUUCUGUCUCGAAACGAUGCAUGUUUUUAUAGGAAGUUAAAAUAAACAGAUAAACGCGGCAGAGAGCUUCGUUAUGAGGAAGGACGCGUCAACAAGCGCCUGUCAAAGUGUCGCUCGCUUGGCUGACGCGCCCUGGCAACGGCGGUAAUCCGAGAGCUCUGGCCGGUUGCCAUGGUGUUGCAGAACCCCCACACCGCCAUAUAAGGUCACCAGGAACCCUGUCCCUCCUCCUCCUCCUCCUCCAUGGUAACAGCAGCAGCCCUUUAGAUUUCUAUCUGCGUGAUAAACAACCAUCGGGGCUGCAACGAGCUUCAGCGCCUGCUUCCCCCCUCCCUCUCUCUCUCUCUCGCUCUUUCGCUCUCUCUCUUUUUGGAUCACCGUCAUCGAGUGUUCCAAACGCCGCAGGCCGCAUCAAACUAACAAACAAGAUGCGACUCUACUCUUUGUUUGCUGAAGGAGCUGAAAAACAGAGGCAGGGGGACGCUUGUGUUCGCGUGCGUAAAACAGGGGUCUCUCCACGUUGUGCCUUUUACGCACGGUGCUGUGAGCGUGUGCGCAGUGCGUUUGAGGACAUUAAAAUCGUAGCCGGUGUCAGAGGCCUGUUUGUCUUGAUCUCCUUCUCUCAGCUCCGGCUGCCAAGAGCGCGCAUUCCUCCAUUUGCAGGUCACGAGGCAGCUCCCCCACCCUCUCUCUUUCUCUCUCUCUUUAAUCCUUCAUUCCUCAAGUAUGCCUGUGUUUUUGUUUUUUACUUUUUAGCUCUUACACAAUGGGGACCAACUUGUGAUGGUUAUGUUUGCGUUACAAAGGUGAAUGUUUAAUACUAGUUGAGGCUUUUCUCUUCGACUUUGCUAAUAUGGUUAUUUUUAGGCCCUGGUUUUAAAAAAAAAAGGAAAAACUCCUCCCCGGUGGGUUGCGCCAUUCAGUUUUGCGCGCUGCUGACAGACUGGAAUAUUCCACACAGAGGAUUGGCCUCUCUCGUUCAGGACAGCUGUCUCUCUGCAUGCAUGGCGAAUAACUAUUUUUUGACAAUUGUUCUUUGUUCAUGAAUUGACAAUGGGUGCUUUUACAUGUUUGGAUAUUUUGCACAGGACAAUUUUAUAAUCCUUUUUUUUUUAAAUAGUUAUUCAGGUUGACAGUUUCACCUUAUGAGUCAAACAAGCACUUUUCUAUUAUUAUUAUUAUUGUACAGGGAUUUUUUUAAAGCAUGUGCUACACAAUACUUUAUUGUAAAAGCAUAUGGGACACGGUGUGUGGCUGUUUCUCUGGAUUCAGGCAGACAAUGCACCUCCUCUCUGUCUUUCUUUGUAUGAGCAGCCUUUUAUUCUGACGGAUUGUUCACUGAAUCCAACCAGGUAUCCUCUGCGCUUUGUGUUUUUUGAUUAUUCAUGGCCACACUUGCUUAUUCAAGGAUUUAUCCAUGCAGAUUGCUGGUACUGUAUUUGUUUUAUUUACAACAUCAACCUUUCUUCUUUCUAGCUCUUACAUAUUUGCAUGUUUGUGUAUUGGUAGUGUAAUAUUCCACAGUAUGGUUUGUGCUUUAGUCUCUUUUUGCCUGGCAAUACUCUCACCUGUCUGUGAUUUUGAGGUGUUUAAAUAAAUAGAAUAUACACCCAUUUUAUGGUUUGUUGUUGUGGAAACUGAAGCAGAUUGUUUUUUUUUUAAAUCUUUUUGAUGAAUUUACACUGACACUUUAAGCUUCAAACGAUAUAAGGCCUGGAUUUAACACAGUAUUUUCCACCAGUCAUGACAUUGAAAGCACACCACACUAAAACCCACAGACAUGGCUGUAGGAGAUCUGCAUGUGUUUUAAAUACUUGGAAGACUAUGUGUCUCUUCUUAAAAUAGGCAAAGGGCAGUGUCAGCUUAUCCUCUUAAAGAGACAGCUUACUCAAAAGGGUUAGGCGCUCCAACACACCAACUAAAUACAUCCUUUCCCGGCACUGACCGCUGAAAUUUAACCUUUAGAUUUGACUUUGUAGCCUACGUAGGUUUGAAUUUUCCUCAGCGACUAGACUCUAGACACUGAAUCUAGAUUAAUCUCCAAAGCAUUGUUGUGCUUUCUGAAUAUGCACGCUCAUUCUUUAUGAUCUGUUCUCUCCUAACACCCAUGGUAGUCAACCCACAUAUUCCCAAAUUUAAGAUUAAAAUGUAAUUUCAUUGCAUACAAUAUGUUCAGGAGAUCUCGGGGCAUCCAGGUAAUUGGAUAAGCAGUGGUAACACAAAGGCAAGAAUGAAUAAAAUCACACUGCAUGUCCUGUUGUCUUUGAUACUAUCUAACCAUAAUUAUAACAUUCAACCCUAUUUAUAGACUGAAGCUGUGUUAAAGGGAAAUCGCAUUUAAUGUCAUAUAUGUCUUAGAAGUCAUCUUGCUCUAAAGUAGCUUGUCUCCUUCAGCCUUCCAUAAAAAUAAAAAAAAAACCAGUAUAGUAGUAUGUGACAGUAUCUCUGCAUUAUCUCCAACGUAAUCACUUCAUUUUGCUCGGUGCUGCUGGAUAAGAUGCCUGAACGUCACACGCUGGGACGAGAGAAAGAGAGAGAGAGAGAGAGAGAGUAGCUUGUCCUGACGCCCAAUCUGUGAUGUCACUGGCGUGUUCAGCUGCACGGAGUGAAAGGAGAAGUACAUUUUUGCUGUAACCACGAGGAUUCAAACCAAUGACGUGAAUGGAUGCUACCAUUAUUUAUAUAUAAACUAAUAACGUGGUCAAAUGGUGUUUUCAGAGGUAUACAUUCAACAAAUCAAAAAUUGAUUAUAUACUAUAAUACACUGAUAUUUAAUGGAUUACAAUUAAAGGAUUUUUACCAUAAAGAUUCAAACAUGUAUAUAUUCAAGGGACCUGAGAGAAGUGAGGCAGCUGGUUUAUGACAGCUCAUAUUUCGUGCUUCAUCGAAGAAGAAGACGAGGGUCUGACCUGAGAGAAGUUCACAAAAGACACCAGCUCUAGCACAUCUAGUACUUGUACUCUAAAAGGUACAAGACACUCAUUCAUCCCAUUCACUGUCACCAGAGAAUCUCCAGGCCCCACAUGACUUCACAGUUAACCAUCUGAACAUACUUGCCGUGAAUACGUCAACAAUACUCGCUGACUUAUCUCCAGCCUAAGAGGAACAUUUUCAGCGUUAUCGCUCAUGCACACUUCUGUGGACGGAGGCAGUACUUCACAUCAAGCCCCCACCCUUUCAAAUGAAAGAGGAAAGCACAGGCAAUAGAGGAAGUAGGUGCAGCCACACUCAGAUGCUGCUGCAUUAUUCAUACCCCAGAGAUGCUGCCUCAUUGAGCAGCGCGGCCACGGGACAGGGGAGAAGUGUGUAGUGGGGGGGGGGGUUGACUGGAGACAGCCUCGAUGUGACAGGAACAGGAAGUGGUGAGGAGGCCGAGCUGUACCUGGUAAACCAUGAGGCUCGUCUGUUCCUCUCUCAUGACACAAGCCUGCAAACCAUCUCAGCCUUUCCAAAUAAAGAUUCACCAUGUGUUUAAGCUGAAUUUGGAGGGAGCGUCUUCAUCCCUGUCCUGACUGGCACCUGUGUGACUGGUGCUGGAGGUCGACAUGACACAGAACAGUGCUGGGACUGGGAAUGGCACCACAAAGAAGGGAGAUGAACUCAAAAUUGUGAUUGUUGGAGAUGGAGGCUGCGGGAAAACAUCUCUUCUGCUCGUUUAUGCUCGAGGAAACUUUCCAGAGAAAUAUGCUCCAUCAGUGUUUGAAAAAUAUGUCAGCACUAUCUCUCUCGGAGGAAAAGAGAUACAGCUCAACCUGUAUGACACAGCCGGACAGGAAGACUAUGACAGACUGAGACCACUCUCUUAUCAAGAGGCCGACCUGAUCCUGAUCUGCUUCGACGUGACCAACCCCACCAGCUUUGAGAAUGUCCUGAUAAAGUGGUUCCCUGAGGUGAAGCAUUUCUGUCAGGACAUACCGGUCAUCCUGAUUGGCUGCAAGACCGACCUCCGGAAGGACAAGGAGUGUUCGAGGAAGCUGAUGGCCUCGAAUCUGUCUCCCAUCACAUACUCGCAGGGUGAGGAGAUCCGGCAGCAGAUGAACGCAGAGCUCUACCUCGAGUGCUCAGCGAAGUAUCAGGAGCACGUAGAGGACAUUUUCAGAGAGGCCGCCAAAAAGGCUCUGGCCUACUGUCGGAAAAAAAAGAAGUGUAGGAGGAAGAAGACAUGUGUGGUUUUGUGAAGUGGAAGGGACGGAGCCUCGAGGGCCCCAUUCUGCAGACGAGGCCCCACAGGUGACGACUUCACAAAGACACCAAGAGAUGGUUCUGUUCCUGCAAGUUGAGGCACCACUGAGUCAUGAGCUCGUCUCCUUUUACCAAAAGUGAUGCAACAGGAAAGACGAUUUUGCAAGAAAUGGCCGGGUGGAGAUGCGUGCAAGUGUUACAUAACUUGAAAUGACUCUGGUCAAUGUAUUUUACUAUUUUUUUUUACUUCUUUUAUACAGAUAUUAUAUUUUAGUAAUUUUCCAAAGAAAAAGCAUUGUACGGCUUGUUUUAUUGAGUGUAUUUAUUGGAGAAAUUUGCAGUCAGCUCUUAUGGAGGUUUUUACUAGGAUCAUUUAAAUGUCUGCCCCGUUUAAAUGUGGUUCGGUAGAAAACAAGCACCCUUAUAAAAUAGUUUUUGAAAUAUAAUUAAUGAUAAUGGUUCUGUAGCUUUAAAUCUUGAGAAGAAAAAAGGAGGGUUAGUUCAUUUUCAGUCAAAUAAACAUUGGGCUCGAAUGUUUUCGCUCCAUCAACUGAAGCUCUAAUCUUUGCCAACAGUGCCCACCAGUGUUAAAAACCUGGAAUGCAGAGUCGACUACAAAUGCAACAUUCAAAUAAAUAAGUUGCCUCAGGUUUGAGUGAACAAGAAACAGAAAUUGCAAUUACGUGUUUAAUUUUAAAUAUUUCUUUACAAGAAUGUACACAGAGAAAUUGUCAACUGUCUCUCGUCACUGAUCGUACUCAGGCACCAGUUACAGAUUCAAGAAGAUUGAUGAAAACAUUUGUUUAACAUCGGCUACAUCAUAAAAACAAGGAAGUAUUUCACUGUGUUGUGCAUCCUGGCAGCUCAUGUAACAUUUUAGUCUGUAACUCGUCAAUCAUCAAUAAAAGUGAUGUGUAAAUACUA